CCCAGACAUGCUUGAUUGCACGGGCAACUGAGAAUUUUCCUGUAACAACUUUAUUUCAGUUGUUACAGGCAGUGAUGUACUUGAUGAUAACAACUAAUAAAAGAGUUUUAAAACAUCUCAAGGUACAAAUAAGGAAGAAAACAACGAGCUGAGCUCAUUGAAGGUUGUUCUGUUUCGUGCAUAUCUGGGAAACUCAUGAAUAUUCAUGUAAGCAGGAGGCCGUUUUGCUCUGCAGCGAGCACUACUUGAGUUCAGAGGAGGAAACAGUACUGAUAUAAAUAGGCGGAUCAUUUUAUCACUGAUCAUAUUGUCAGUUUUAGUGAGUUCACUCUCAAGUCUGGAACAAUGUUUGCUUGUGGAGUCAUCCUCCUUCUCUGUGUCCUAGUGGCCGUAUCUGAUGCAGCGAGAAAGCCUAACUGCGAGCGUUACCCGACUGGCGCAUGCCCAAAGAACUAUAAACCCAAGUGUGGAUCUGAUGGAAAAACAUACGGCAAUGAAUGCACGCUGUGUGCUGCCAUCAAGGAAUCAGGAACUGAAAUCCUUAUUAUGAAGGAAGGCGAAUGCGAUGAUGAUCGACAGCCUUACUGCGAGCCUAACCCAUCUGGAGGGUGCCCAAAGAUCUAUAGACCUGUGUGUGGAUCUGAUGGAAUAACAUACGGCAAUGAAUGCGAAUUGUGUUUUGCCAUCGAGAAAUCAGGAACUGAAAUCUUUAAGGUGAAAAAAGGCAAAUGCGAUGAAGAUGUGCAGGAGUGACACAGGAAUGGCAGCAUAAUUCAGCUUGACAGACCUUUACUCAGCAUUAUUGUGUCUCAUUCAUUAUAACCUGAAUGUGUAACGGUUUAAUCCUUAAAUAAAUUCUGCAUAUUGAA